ACUUGGUGGAUUACCACCUGAAAGUUCGGGUCAUUCUAGUUUUAACCGUUAUAUAGUGAGCUCGUUGAAGCGCAUUAACUCCUCUGUGUCCCAAUAAACUAUUUCACAAUCAAAAAUCGUCGUCUACAACAACAAUUCUGUUUCAGAGAUAAUCGAGAAGUCAAGGCGCAGAAGUUACAGUAAGUGGUGACAGAUAAACAUCACCCCCGUAUUUCAAGUGCAAAAGUGAAGGAUCUGAUAAUUCCAUAUUAUUGAGAGUGAUGUGACAGUCUGUCCUUCAGUGGGUCAAGCUCAAGUUUACGCAUGUUUGUGGUGGUGUUGCUGACCAUUGUUCUGAAGAUAAUCUUGAAAAAAUUGAAGCGCUACGACGAAAUUGAAAAUAUUCGCCGACGUCGGUCACUGGUGUUCAAUAGUUUCACGACGAGGAUCAAAUUUAUUGGGCAGUGAGGGACUCUCAGACUUGAAAUUUGGGCGAUCGAGAUAAGACAUUUGUGCUAACUGAUGUGAAAUUUAAGUUGUUUUUGGUUCUGUUUUGGUGGAAUUUCACCCGCGCGAUCGGAGGUGGGAGGUGUCGGGUGGGUUAUUAAUCAUGUGAGUAAAUGGCCGUGAUAAUUAACGGCCACUGUCGGAGGAACCUACUAUGGGCAUCUGCCUUGACACUGAUCAUCAUAAUGAAUCGCAGGUGUUCGAGGACGGGGAUGCUCGAAGUAUUGGAAGGUGGCGAGGUGAAGCAGGCUUACUCUCAACACCCCCAGCGGGUGUAUUUCCAAUGCAGAACGUUGGCCCAGUCAAGUUCGAACCUCCCAACGUUCCCGUCAUUUUUGUCCUCGGCGGCCCUGGCAGCGGGAAGGUGACACAUUGUGACAAUCUAAUGCAAGAGGAAAAUGGGAUGACGCACAUUAAUAUGACAGACCUUCUGCAGCAAUAUGCCCUAGGCAACGACAUGCAGGACUUUGGCCUCCUGAGCAGCAAAACAGUUGCCGAAGUCCUCAUGUUGGAGAUGAAAAUGUCACCAGGGGCCACGACAUUUUUGAUCAGCGGGUACCCCAGGAAUAUGAGAGAUGUCGUUGAAUAUUCGGAAAAAAUUCAAAUAAUUAACGGCGUCGUCCUGGUAUCAUGGCGUCAAGAAGUCUUAGAACGCCAGAUUGAUUAUGGAGCUCAACUAGGUCACGUAAUUCUGAGUCUAGCGCGAAUGGAACUCCGAAAUUUUUAUCGCAAUGUGAUGCCUGUAGCUGAGUACUUCGAUCGGAGUGGUAUUCUCCUUGAGGUGAAUGGAGAACGAAAUCCAAGUGAAGUUUAUCUUGAUUUUCGAGAAGCUGUUGUGAGAAUUUUGGGUUUGUCCGAGAAUGAGGCGUUUGACAGAUCGCUACCGCAGUCACUGCAAACCGAAGUGGAGGUGGUGCAACCAGACGUCACGUCUAAUCCUCAAUCAGCCACUCAGAUAACUUCGCCACCACUUCCAAUACGAAUCAAUCCCGCCAAAACUGCGAAUAAGCCAAGAAAGGGUCUGCCGAGCUUCAUUUGGGUGAUAGGUGGACCUGGGAGUAACAAAUCCCAUCUCUGCACGCAAGCUGUCAGGAAUAUGCCCAACUGGGUGCACGUCGACAUCGGAGGUCUAUUAAGGACCAUGGCAGCGUCGAAUCCAGUCAUAAACGAUGCUAUCGUGGUUGGGGAAAUGGUCCCCCAGGAUGUCAUCAUACAGUUGGUAGAGCAGCAAGUAUUAAUCAACCGGGAUAAUGAUGGCAUUGUAAUUGAUGGGUUCCCCAGGGACCUGUCGCAAAUGCAGGAGUUUGAAAGCAAGUUCGGACAAGAGCCACCACUGGUUCUUCUAGACUGCUCGAAGCUUCAAUUGGGCCGGGGAAAGCUGGACGAUAGUGUCCCGGCUUUUCGGAAGAGAUUGGAGACAUUCAGGGAAGUUACGCUGCCGAUGUUGAAGACAUUGGAUAAUGACAAUCGUCUCAGAACUAUCGACGGGGAUACUGAUGUGCCCUCGGUCCAACAAGAAUUCGCCGCAGCAAUUUAUGAGCUGAUGCGUCAGGCCCGACGCAAGGAAGAUGCCAGCCAUUCGGCGAAUAAUGAUGACCCGAAUGCAGAAGCUCCCGGUGAUGUCAAUGGGGGCCUCAGAGACGUACGUUUACCCAAUGGAAUAUCGAAGAAUAUCAUCCCGAAUGGAAUCAAUCCGCUUAAUCAUCAUCCGAUCAACAGGAGAAAGAAAAUCGAUGCAGUCAAACUACCUAACGGAUUUGCCCACCAUGGAUCGAAAAAUGGCGUCGGUGUAAAGGUCCGGGAAGCUGUGACCGAAGGCGCGAGAAUAGCCAAUGGCGUCAUACGAAAUGGUGCCCCCCAAAAUAGUAAUCAUGUACAUAUGAAUGGUGCAGCAAAUGGUGCACACCAUUAUCUACAAAAUGGCGUUGGUUAUUUGUCUAAUGGUAUUCCACCGGGGGUCAACAGAGUUGCACCUGCGCCAAUCACUAAUCCGAAAGACUCCAUUAGGAAAAUGUAUAAUGAGGUCGACGGAUAUCACGAAGAUCUUCACAUAUAGACGAUGCAUCGAGUGCAAGUGAACUCAGUAUUAUAGAAGACAGGGAAGAGAGGGAGCAUAAUAAUAAGGGUGACCAAAUAAUUCGGGGGGAUAUGGAAAAAUUAUUGGACAUUUAGGAUUUCCUCCCCCAGAUUGGGGAAAAUUUUAGUGCAGUGUAUCAUUGGAAAGAGAGGGCACAGGUUUAUUAGAAAAGAACUAAUGAAGAACUGCUCAUAAUGUUUAACUAUAAUAAUCAACAUUUUUAAUUCAAUUAUUAGAGAGGAUAAUCAUUGUGCAAAUAUGAUAGUAUUUUUCCAGGAUUUAGUGACGAAAAAAAUAGUGACGAUGGUGGGGAAAAAUCUCAAGGAAUACUGUAAUACGAAUAUUCAUAAAUAAUCAUAUUUUUCAAUACACGAGUGCAUUUAACUCCGAAAAUGGCGAUACCAGGAGCAAUUCCGCUGGCGGAUUUGACAAGAAUCAAUCGUUCACAUUGAAAAUGACAGAAGUCAUCAAACAAUGUCCGCGAAUUUAAUCGCUGACAAAAAUAACGAGAGUGCCUUUAAUGAUUACGAAUAAGAUUACGAAAUAUUUGAGCGCAUUUCUACAAUUUUUACAAUUAUCCGAUUUCAUUCUACGUGUAUUCGAAAAAUAUGUAUAUUUUUAUUUAAAAGCAUCACGUUCUGAGCAAUCAAUAUAGAGGCUGUUUAGGUUAUUGAAUGGAGAAAUGAUGGAAAAGAAAUUUAAUAUAAUAUAAGUUCAAAGGAGGAUUUUGUAGUCCAUCAUUAGAAUUAACUAGAAUCAAUAAAAUGGUCGUUUCCUUGCGGCCGUCCUCAUUAACCUAAGGCAGGUGGAGCAAAGUGGAACAGUAUCCUUUAUAUCCUAACUCAACAUUAAAUCCCGUAACUGAUCAUUUCUUAUGCAAUCGUUGAACAAUUGACGAGGUAUUUUAAUAUUGUAUGUAAAUGUUUAUAAAUAAACAAGAAACGUUAA